CAUACAGAGAGACAUUUAGAGAAAGAGAAUUGAACCAUGAAGAUGACGAGAAGAGUAUUUCUGUAUUUUUUACUCUUUGUUGCUGCUUCAGCGUUUAUGUCGAAUCUGAUGAUAGACGGCGAAGAACAGAAGCUAGGGACAGUGAUAGGCAUCGAUCUGGGGACAACAUACUCAUGUGUCGGCGUGUUCCGUAAUGGACACGUUGAGAUCAUAGCGAACGAUCAAGGAAACAGAAUCACUCCUUCAUGGGUUGCGUUCACUGACUCCGAGCGUCUGAUCGGCGAGGCCGCUAAGAAUCAAGCGGCCAUGAACCCCGAACGAACCGUCUCAGAUGCCAAACGUCUCAUCGGAAGAAGAUUCGAUGAUCCUGAGGUUCAAGGAAACGUCAAGUACUUAUCUUACAAGGUUGUCAACAAAGAUGGGAAGCCUUACAUUCAAAUGAAGGUAAAAGGUGAAGAGAAACUGUUUAGUCCAGAGGAAAUAAGUGCUAUGAUCCUGGGGAAGAUGAAGGAAACUGCUGAAGCUUACUUGGGGAAGAAGAUUAAAGACGCUGUUAUAACCGUUCCAGCGUAUUUCAACGAUGCACAGAGGCAAGCGACCAAGGAUGCGGGGACGAUUGCGGGGCUCAACGUGCCUCGGAUAAUCAAUGAGCCGACGGCUGCAGCCAUAGCUUACGGUCUUGACAAAAAGGGCAGCGAAUCCAACAUCCUUGUAUAUGACCUUGGUGGAGGAACCUUUGAUGUCAGUGUCCUAACCAUCGAUAACGGUGUCUUCGAGGUCUUAGCCACGAGCGGAGACACUCACCUUGGAGGCGAAGACUUCGACCACCGAGUCAUGGACUAUUUCAUCAAACUGAUCAAGAAGAAGUACAACAAAGACAUCAGUAAGGACAAGAAAGCGCUCGGGAAACUGAGACGGGAAUGCGAGCGAGCGAAACGGGCUUUGAGCAGUCAGCACCAGGUCAGAGUCGAGAUCGAGGCUUUGUUCGAUGGGAUUGAUUUCUCCGAGCCAUUAACGAGGGCGAGGUUUGAGGAACUGAACAUGGAUUUGUUCAAGAAGACAAUGGGACCGGUCAAGAAGGCUCUGGAAGAUGCAGGUAUGAAGAAAUCAGAUAUCAACGAGAUUGUUCUGGUCGGGGGAAGCACUCGGAUCCCCAAAGUGCAGCAAAUGUUGAAGGAUUUCUUCGACGGGAAGGAACCGAACAAAAGGAUCAACCCGGACGAGGCCGUGGCAUAUGGCGCUGCUGUUCAAGGAGGGAUCUUGAGUGGUGAAGGAGGAGAAGGGACUAAAGGAAUUCUUCUGCUGGAUGUUACGCCUUUGAGCCUCGGAAUCGAGACAGUUGGCGGCGUAAUGACGAAGUUGAUACCGAGGAACACUGUGAUUCCGACGAAGAAGUCUCAGAUCUUUACAACAUACGAGGAUCAGCAAACUACUGUCACCAUUAAAGUAUACGAAGGGGAGAGAACUUUAACCAAAGAUAACCGUGAACUCGGUAGAUUCGAUCUUACUGGCAUUCCUCCUGCACCCAGGGGCACACCACAGAUCGAAGUGACAUUCGAAGUAGACGCAAACGGAAUCCUGCACGUGACGGCAGAGGACAAAGCCGCGAAGAAAUCUCAAAAGAUCACGAUCUCGAACGAGAGAGGCAGUCUAAGCCAAGAGGAGAUAUACAGGAUGGUUAGAGAAGCCGAGGAAUUCGCUGAGGAAGACAAGAAGGUAAAAGAACGGAUCGACGCUCGGAACAAGCUCGAAACGUACGUUUACAACAUGAAGGGCACGAUCGGCGACAAGGAAAAGCUCGGGGAUAAGAUCGAGAAAGAGGAUAAGGAGAGGAUCGAAGGUGUUUUGAAGGAGACGUUGGAGUGGUUGGAUGAGAAUCAGAAUGCCGUGAAGGAGGUCGAGACAGUUUGCAAUCCGGUUAUCAAGUCGGUUUACGAGAAAACCGGUUCCGGUUCGACUGGAGGUGGUGAGAGUGAGGAAGAUGGAGGUGAUGGUUACGAUGAAUUGUAGAGUUGUACUUUUCUUCUUUUUAUGAUACGAAAUGUUCUUGACAU